ACCUCCGACCGAGGGGUGGCGCUCGAGGGACGGCGCGGCACGCAGCAAGAACUCCGGAAGGAAGCGGAAGCGGGUCCGCGGUGGGAAGGCGGCGAGGGGGGGGGGCGCGCGUGCGGGGCGCCCGGGCGCUUCGGGUCCGGCGCGGAGGAUGUCCGCCUCGCUGGAGCUGCGCUCGCGGGAGGAGAAGGACGCCGAGCUGGACAAGCGCAUCGAAGCGCUGCGGCGCAAGAACCAGGCGCUCAUCCGCCGCUACCAGGAGAUCGAGGAGGACCGGCGCAAGGCCGAGCGGGAGGGCGUAGCCGUGACGGGGGCGCGGAAGACCCGCUCGGCGGAGGCUGCCGGGCAGCCCGAGAGGCGCCGAGGGGAGCCGGAGGCCGCCCAGCCGGAGGAGCGGCGGGCGCUCGGGACGAAGGCCGCCGCCGCCGCCAGGGGGGCCCCGGGGGAGCCGCAGUCCGGAGGCCGCCCCGCUCGAGCCGAGGCCGGCUGGGCAGGGCCGGGCGCGGAUGGCGAGGGCCCGCGGGGGCGAGGCGAGCGAGGGCGGCGGCCGCGGGGCCGAGCGGGCCUGGCCGGAGGCGACCGGCGCUCCCAGGAGUGGGAGGAGCGGCGGCGGCGAAACAUCGAGCAGAUGAACGAGGAGAUGGAGAAGAUCGCCGAGUACGAGCGCGGGCAGCGGGACGGGCUGUUAGAGAAGAACCCGGUCCGCAACUUCCUGGACGACCCGCGGCGCAGCGGCGCCUUCUCUGAGGCCGGCCGGAGGGAGGGCAGCCGCCGCCAUGUCCGGAACUGGGGGGGCGCCGACUUUGAUAAGGUCAAGACGGGCCUGGAGCCAGACAAGGAGCAGCCCUUACUGGGGCGGGGCAGUGGCCGGCGCAGGCGCCUUAAGGCACCCUUGGAUAUGACGCUUUCCAUGACUGGCCGCGAACGUGCCGAGUACACUCGUUGGAAGCAGGAACGGGAGCAGAUUGACCGGGAUCGCUUGGCCCGGCACCGCCAGCCCACUGGGGAGUGGCGCCGAGAAUGGGAUGCUGAGAAGACAGAGCCUGCGCUGAAAGAAGGCAGUGAGCCUCGAGGCUCAUCGAUUGACAAGCAGGAGCACUCCAAGCACCCUCCCAAACUGCCCACCUUUGGGGAGUUCAUGGUUGGGCAGCCUGGGGACCGGCACUGGAAGAUCCGAGGGCGUGGGCGCCCCCGAGGAAGUCCUCCCAAGUCCUACAGCAUGCACGACAACCGGUGGGAAAAGGAGGAAGCCGACCGGACGCUGCCUACAUCUGCGGGAGAGAAUAAGGCGGAGGCUGCCUCUGUGAUGCAGACAGAGCCACAGAUAGGAGCAGUGACAGAAGAGGAUGAGGAAGAGGAUGAGUGGGAGGACGUCAGCGGGGAGGAGGAGGAGGAGGAGGAGGAAGAAGAAGAACCGGAAGCCAACAGCAGCCAGGCUUCCUCGGGGGAAGAUGGGCCUCGUUCCUCCUGCUCCCCCCUGCCCCCGAGGAAGCCCAGACAACAGCCCACCCUUCGCUCUGUUUCACCUCGAGCGGCUGCAGCCACGGAGGGGGCGCCCUUGACCCCCUUGGGGCCGGCAGAGGGAUACGAGCCUGUGUCCGACUGGGGGGAAGAGAUGGAGAAGCGUUCUCCCCGGACCAGCCACAGUAGCCAAAGCCCCUUGGCUGCACCCAAGGAGGAACUGCCUGCUGGCAUUGCUGGAGUGGGUCCCCUGCUACCACUGGCAGCCCAGGGAUCCCUUCCCACGGACCCCCCUGCAGGAGGGGCGGCUUCUGCUGCCCCCAGAGCCCUGGAGGCAGAGAUACAAAUGGAUGCAGAAAUGCCCAAAGAGGUGGAAGAAGGGGGAGCACUUGGAGAUUGAGGCCCCAGAGGCUGAACCCCGAUGGCUCUUUCCCAGGGCUGGUUGAAAUGCAGCUGGCAGCCCGCCGAGAACUUGAGCCAGACCGUCAGAGCUGUGGCUACAGUUGUGACAUGCACAUGCGUUCUGCGUGUUUGUGUCACUCUUGAACACUCUCCAGAGGUUUGGCUUGAUCCAGCCACCUGCCCCCCAUCACCCUUUAGUGCUCUUAACACACCAAUCAUGGACAGGUGGGGGCUGCAGUUCUGUUCCCCAACCUUCUGCAAUCUCCCUUGGAUGGGAAAAGUAGUGUCUUCUCUCCAGCCCAGUCCUUUGUGUAGGAGGAGUGACCUGGGCCCAGGGAGAGUGUGAGGACACUCUUCCCGUCACGGGCUUCCCCAUUAUCAUGUACGAAGUAAAUAACUUCUUGACAAUAAAGCUUGCGUGUGUCUUGUC